CUUCAAGCUGCCAGGAACAUUGUUCAGAGUUUGAAGUGGCCAAAGUCAAUCUUCUAAUUCCUCACUUCAGUUAAUCAUGUCUCUCCGAUCUGCCCUACUUCUCGCCACGAGCCUGUCCAUGGUCCAAGCCCGGCCGGCCAUCUCCAAGCUCAGUGCACGCGGCACCAUCGCCAGCGAUGAGAUCGUGGGAUUUGACCAGACGGUCCCUGACGAUGCCACGGGCACAUUGUACCUGAACUACCAGCCAUACCUUUACGUGGUCAACGGAUGUGUACCGUUCCCUGCCGUUGAUGCGGAGGGGGAUACCAAUGCAGGACUCGCCCCCACCGGCGCCUCCGACGGCGACUGCAGCUCCUCGACGGGCCAGAUCUACGUGCGCAGCAACGUCUCCUCCACCGGCGACUACACCUACCCGACCGCCCUGCUGUACAGCUGGUACAUGCCCAAGGACGAGCCCUCCACCGGCAUCGGCCACCGCCACGACUGGGAGGGGGUGAUCGUCUGGAUCUCCGACCCCACCGUCUACACCGCCGACAACAUCCUGGCCGUGUGCCCUUCUGCCCAUGGCGGCUGGGACUGCUCCACCGACGGGUACACGCUCGACGGCGUCAAGCCGCUGAUUAAGUACGAGAGCAUCUGGCCCAUCGACCACUCGUGCGGGCUCACGACCACCGUCGGCGGCACCCAGCCGCUGGUCGCCUGGGAGAGUCUGCCCUCGGCUGCUAGCACGGCGCUGUCGGAUACGGACUUCGGGAGCGCGAUCGUGCCGUUCAAGGACGCGACUUUUGACGAGAAUCUGGCAAAGGCUACUUAUUGAUUUGGUCUUAAGGUAGGAAGGGGGUGGGUAAAUGUGAGGUUUGCAGGUGGACAUGGCUGUAAUGUUUCUGUGGCGAAAGGCUCCUGGUGACUGACUUGCGGUGCUGUACAUAAGUGGUAUCCUGGUUGAAUCGUGGGUUAUGCGAAUAUCAAGGCUACCGGCUAGUACUACUGAGGAACACAACACGAACUAUAUAGGUCGAUGAAAAUUUCGAUAACUAUAUAGUCACAUAUAUAUUCAUGACGGCUGUGUCAUUUACUCUUGGUUUUGACAAAUCACG